AUGCUGUUGUUUGUUGAGUCAGAGCCAGAGUCUGAACCUAUUUGUCAUGUUGAGGAGUCGUUUACUGCGUCUACUACCCAGAUAGGUCACUUGUCCGAUAUUUUCCAGAGUCUUGUUAGUAUAAGUAACCAGGCGAUAAUCAGGAUCAAGGAGAGUGGGAUUACGAUAUACUCGAGUUAUAAUCAUACGUUUAAUGUGAAUGUGAAUAUUGAUCCGUCGUUGUUUAGCAUAUACCAGAUGAGCGGUGGUGAGGAGUUUGCAUUGGGAGUUGAUUUGAGUUUGAUUGGCGAGUGUUUUGGGUCUGUUGCCAGUACGUUAAAGUAUGAAAAGUCCGUUACAUGUUACUUGACGUACCUGGGGGAGGGCAGCCCGCUUGUUAUUGAGUUUGAGGAUAGUUUUAUUUUGGAAAAGUUGGAGUUUUACACGUUUGUGAUAGAGGAGGAGGAUGGGUUGGGUAUUGAUUAUGAGAGCGUGGAGAUGGAGGCGAUAGUGCGGAGCGAUGUGCUUACGAAUGUGAUGCAAGAUUUGUACCUGAUCGAUACGGAGAAUUUGUUUGUGUAUGCUGAGGCAGAUACGCUCCACUUUAUUAGUAAUGGGCCUAUAGGCACGUCGAAACUUAUAUUCCCCAACGACAAGGCAGUUCUUGAGAAGAUGGAAAUAAAGGGUAGGUAUGUGAUUACCCAGUUUAGUUUUGAGGUUUUUUAUCGGAUAUUUCGGUCGGUGAAGUUGAGUUCAAAAUGCAAGCUUGUGAAGGAUGAGAAUGGGUGUUUUUCGGUGCAGUUGUUGUGCCAGAAAGUGGGGACGAGUGGGUACUCGGGGACGUUGGUUACGAUAAACAUGAUGGAGGUUAGUCACGAUGAGGUGAUGACGGGGGCGAUCUUACAGGAGCAGGAGAAGCCAGUGUUGGUAGAGGUGCAGUCGAGUUGGCGAGGCAAGGUUGGCGGGGUAGUUGAGGUGCCAUUAUAUUUAUAG